GGCCACAUUGCAAGCAUUUUGCCAACACGACCGAACAAAUCCGCCAUAACCGCCAACUCUCUCCAACACAAGAGAGCAUGGAAAUCAAGGCGUUUUCUCUUCGAAUUCUCUGGGAGAAAUAACCGAGUUCGGCCUCGGUGGGAGUCGAAACUCCUUCUUUGGACAUGGCGUCCCCUAUUUCGUCUCCAGCACCACCUUUACAUGUCCAACAUUUGGAGAAAGCGCUACGACUUGAACCUUUCCUUGGGUUUGUUGAAGGAAUUUUUUCCGACCCUUUCCUUUCGAACCUGAGUGACUCAGAAAAUAGUGAUCUUAGUGAUCUGGAAAAAGAUUUAGCGUUUAAACCUGAAAAUACUGGCUUUGUUAAUGGUGAUGGGUGUCAUGUUACAUCAAAUGGAUUAUUGCAUAAAGAAGAUUUCAAUAUUGACAAAUCAAGGCUGUACAAUUUUACGAAAGUAAAGAAUGAGCGCRGAUGGUUAAAGGAUGUCUUGUUGAGUGACAGUUCUGAAAGUUCUGAUGAAGAUGAACCCAUUACUGAUGAAGAACUACAGAGGAUGCUUUGGUUCCACAAAAAGCAAAAGUCAGCUCAACGAAAAUUCUUUCAGGAUCAGGAUCAGCUGGCAUGCUAUCAGCAUUAYGGCACCAGCCUAUUGUCCAGCCAGGAUAAGUACCAUGACUUCCAGAGACAAUUUGCUGGCUCAAWGAAACUCAAGAAAAAGAAGCUGAAGGACAGUAACAUGAAGGUGAUUAGUGGAAAAAAAGAAAAAGUGAAAAUCAAGAAAAAGAAAAAGACUGAUGAACAGAUAGAUGAACAGAAACGACUAUCCCUUCAAGAGAAAAUUCUCAAGAAAACUCUCAUACGAAGAAAAGAAGCUGAUGCCAAAAGAAGGAAGAUCUGGUCUCACAUCUGUAGAAAAGAAAUUCCAAGGGCCCAGAGGCAAAAGGCGUCUGCUAGGAAUAACAUGCUUAGYAAUGCAAAGAAGAUGUUGGCUUACUGGAAGAAAUAUGAAAAGGUGGAAAAAGAACACAGAAAAAGAGCUGARAAGGAAGCCAUGGAACAGAGGAAGAUGGAUGAUGAACUACGAGAGGCUCGCCGACAGCAAAGAAAGCUGAACUUCCUUAUCACCCAAACGGAACUAUAUGCUCACUUCAUGAGCAAGAAACUGAAGAAUGCAAAAAAUGCAAAAUCAGAAGAGGUUCAGAACAUCCUGAAAAAGCUUGACGAACCAUCCUCAAGUCACAUGGUCAAAACAGUACAGGGAGGAGUUGUGUUUGACAUUGAAAAUGAUGAUAAUUAUGAUGCGAAGGCCAUGAAAAUGGAAGCACUAGCGAACGCACAAAAUGCAUUGAAAGAACAAGAAGCAAGGACCCAAGCAUUUGAUUCAAGUGUYGAGCAAGAGUAUGGUAUCAGUAAGAAAAUUGCUUUAUCACAAGAAUCAUUUGAUGAAAACUUUAGUCUGGCCAACCCUAAUCUCACUGCUGACCUUCCUCAACCAAAGCUCUUUCAGGGAUUACUAAAAACAUAUCAGCUGAAGGGAAUGAAUUGGCUGAUUACUUUAUAUGAGCAGGGUAUCAAUGGGAUUCUUGCUGAUGAGAUGGGACUAGGCAAGACUGUACAGUCUAUAGCAUUCUUGUCAUAUCUGGCUGAGGUCCAUCAUAUCUGGGGUCCAUUUCUCGUCGUUGCUCCAGCAUCUACACUCCACAACUGGCAACAAGAAGUAGCAAGGUUUAUACCUCACUUCAAGGUCCUUCCUUACUGGGGUAAUCAAAGUGAUAGAAARUCUCUCAGGAAAUUCUGGAGCCAGAAACAAACUCACAUCAGUGACAGGAAUGAAGCACCUUUCCACCUUCUAAUUACAAGUUACCAACUGGUUGUGCAAGAUGUUCGUUAUUUCCAAAGAAUAAAGUGGCAGUACAUUGUACUUGACGAAGCACAAGCCAUCAAGAGUAGUUCAAGUGUUCGAUGGAAGAUUCUUCUGGGGUAUCAAUGUAGGAAUCGUCUGCUACUGACUGGAACACCCAUUCAAAACAGCAUGCAAGAGUUGUGGGCUUUACUUCACUUCAUUAUGCCAACAUUGUUUGACUCUCAUGAAGAAUUCAAUGAAUGGUUCUCUAAGGACAUUGAGAGCCAUGCAGAGAACAAGUCCAUUAUAGACCAAAUUAUCUCGUCUUCAUAUGAUCUUGAAGCCUUUCAUGUUGAGRAGGAUCAAGAGAGAUGUGGAAAAUGAGUUAUCAGAUAAGAUUGAGAUCAAGUUAGUUUGCCGACUCACUACCAGACAAAAAUGGCUGUACCAGGCUGUUAAGAACAAGAUAUCCAUAGAUGAUUUGGUCUAUACAUCAGCUUCAUCGUCAUCUGCUGCAAAUGCAACAACUAGUAGUUUAAUGAAUCUUGUUAUGCAGUUCAGAAAGGUAUGUAAUCAYCCAGAACUGUUCGAGAGAAGAGAUGUCUGUUCCCCUAUUUCGUCUUUUCAGCUGGGAUGUUUCCUUGUGCCUAAGCUGAUCUACAGAGAAGGUCUUGUAGACAGAAUGUUUCCAGGCUGUAUGAAAAUCUUGUAUAAUACUCUAAAUAUAUGGAYGGCAGAGUAUAUUACCAAGUCUUUACACUCCUACUCAAAAGGAAAUGAACAAGUGCCUGAAAGUUCAUGUUUCUCAUUCCUUCAGUUCAUCAAUCUUUCUCCUGAACAAGCAUCAGCCAUGAUGCAGAAAGGAUUGACAUACAGGAUUCUUUUCCUGUGGAUUCUGUUACGAGAGGUUCAUCAUUUGAACCAUAAACGAGUCUGGUCWCUUGAAAAGAAGAAUUCAAAGCAUCAAGACAGACAAGCACUACUUUUUUGGCCAAGCCAACCAAUUUCCUUUCCAAACAUCCAAACCAGUUCUACUUUGUCUUCUCUAGUCUUCACUGGUUACAYGAAGCAGAUCCUCUCACAUUUAACACAUCGCAUUCAACCUAUACUAGAUGAAAAUGACAAAACUCCUAGGACAAGUCACAACCAAUCAACUGUGAAAUCCCCUCUAAAACACUCAACRACCAGCCCUUUUUCUCCUACUGGCAGUCACCCCAUAGCAACUACAUCACAUCACCACCAUCACAAACAUCACCACCACCACCACCAUCGUCACYGCAAGUCUUCAGAAGGACAUGCUAUGCCGAGCGAACCAAUAGGAUUGCCCAUGAAGUACCCACAGGAAAGACAACUACAGCCUACUGAUGUACCCUCAAUUCUGUUAACUUAUUUACCAAGGCUUGUUGCAGGCAACAACCUUAGUUACUGUAGUGAUCGAAGCGCAGCCUAUGAAACGCAAGACCUUCUCCUUGGGGGAACUGAGAUGAAGCGUAACCURCUAUUGUACGGAAAUCCUGAGGGAUGUGAUCUUAACCAGGUCAAGAUGCAGCUAUUCCCAUCACCUAUUGGUGGGCUGGAAGGCAGUAGGCCGCYUAAUGGAUGGUCAUUUGUCCAGAUGCCUAGUCGUAGUGCAUUGAUAACAGACAGUGGUAAACUAACGGUACUAGAUGGACUACUUACAAAGCUGAAGAUGCAAGGUCAUCGCGUGCUUAUUUAYUCCCAGAUGACAAGAAUGAUUGACAUCCUUGAGGAAUACAUGACGUACAGGAAACAUAAGUACAUGAGACUUGAUGGAUCGUCCAAGAUAUCUGAUCGAAGAGAUAUGGUGGCUGACUUCCAGAACAAUGCCGACAUCUUUGUCUUUCUGUUGAGUACUCGUGCUGGUGGACUGGGUAUUAAUCUCACAGCAGCUGAUACGGUUAUCUUCUAUGAUAGCGACUGGAACCCUACUGUCGAUCAACAGGCUAUGGAUCGUGCACAUCGUCUUGGUCAAACCAGACAAGUAACAGUCUACAGACUUGUCACCAAGAACACUAUUGAAGAGAGAAUAUUACAGCGAGCUAAGGAGAAGAGUGAGAUUCAAAAGAUGGUUAUUUCAGGAGGCCAUUUCAAACCAGAUGCUCUCAAACCCAAAGAAGUGGUGUCCUUGUUACUGGAUGAUGAAGAACUGGAAAGCAAAUUUCUACAGCGACAAGCGGAGAAAAAAGCAGAUGAGCAACGAAAGCGAAGAGAAAGGAAAAGGAAGAAAGGGGGACCUGGAGAGAUUGACAGCCCAUUGUUAUCUGAGAAUCAAGACACACCACCACCCAAGGCCAAGAAGGGUCGUAAGAGCAAAAGCUCUUUGUUCCCACCAGCACCUGAGACGUUAAUAGACAGUGCUAAAACAGCUUCUGAGAUCAGCAGCAUGAAUGGRGACACAUCACGUCAAGGAAUGACUGAUAUGGAUGAAAUAAGUGUCAUGAGUCUUGAUGAAGUAUCACUAGCAUCAGGUGACGGAUCCAUUCUAUCAAUCGAYGCAGCAYGCAGUGGUGUCCCUACRCCUCUCAGUGGUCGACCAGACAAUGACGACUCUAUUACAUAUGAAGAUUCCAUAAGUGAAACAGCCAGCCCCUUAUCUACAGAAAACACUGGCAAGCGUGGUAAAGGACGAGGACGAGGCCGUGGUCGAGGGAGCACAAGCAGAAGAGGCAGAGGUACAGGUCCUUUGAGAGUAUCYCGUGGGCGCGGCAGAGGGCGUGGCAGCUCAGGAGCCUUGGCAGCCUCAGCAGCAGCAUCUGCAGCAGCAGCAGCAGCCUCAGCUGCAGCUUACGCAGCCUAUGGUUUCACAUUCCAAGGGACCCCAACACCUACCCCUCCCCCCUCAAGAUCCAGUCCUGUGGCUUUUUGUGCUGGAACUUCUUUAGCAGGAAGUAGCACCAUUAGUCAUCCAGUACCACGCUACGAUAAUGAAAAUGAGAACCCUUGUACUACCACCAAUACCAAUGAACAAUCAUCAGGUCUCUCUUAAUCCUUUGGGAUACCUGUGGUACACAGGAAACCCAUAGUAAGCUAAAACAAGCCAAUGAAAUUGGCAGAUAAACUUUUCUCAGAAUAGAUCUUUCCUGAAUUCUCUUCAGUGACCUCCAAAACAAUGGUUGCAAGUCGAAGUUGAACUUGAUGUGUUCAUACAUUUACUGUAUUUUAUGAAGUCCAACCUUGACUUGGCCAUUGUUUUGUGCAGGGCUGUAGCCACUAUAAGGUAAGCAAGGCAGUUGCCUCGGUAAAAUGUCAGAAAUGUCUUAACAAAMCUUUGUAGGUCGCAUUUGUGACAGUCUCAAUUUCAAAAUUAUCCUACUUACUCCUGGCUUUGCCACUCAUUUGCCUAAGUAAAYUGUUUGUCUGGCUAUGGCCCUGUCACGGUCACUCGCGUGAUUUCAGAGAAAGAUCUAUCAUAUAAGGAGUAAGUAACUGUAGUAUAGAAAGCUAUGUAGAAACGUGUAAAAUAGUAGUUUUUAUAUUUUUACCAUAUACUUCACUAAAUUCAUUAAGCAUGCUCUCUAGAAUCUUGCUAGAACAUCACUUAGUACAAGUCAUCUUGCAGCAAAGGGAUUUACCUCAGUGAAAUAUUUAGURUUCUAUUAGAGGUUAGUAUAAGUGA